AUGGAGUGGGGCGACGAGUGGCUCGCUCUAGACAAGCUGCAGCACGUCCUCGCCUGCCUCCUCAUCGCGCUCGCCGCUGCGGCGCUGGCCGGCCGGAGCUCCCGCCCCUUCCUCCGCCGCCACGCGCUGCCCCUCGGCUGCGCCGCCUCCCUCGCCGUCGGCGCCGCCAAGGAGGUCGCCGACGAGGCUCGGCUCUUCGGGUCCUCCGGCGCCUCGCUCCGGGACGCCGCCGCCGACCUCCUUGGCGUUGCCCUAGCCGCGGCCCUCGUCUCCCUCGUCGCCCGCCUCCCCCGACGGCGGCGCCGUGAGAAGGCGCGCGACGCCGACGCUACUGACGGCAGCAUCUCCAUGCGAAGACCACCCGCUAUGGCGCUACUCGCCGCCGCCGCCCGCCGUCUUCCUCGCAGCCUCCGCCUCCUAAAGCCCCACCACUUCACCACCGCCUCUUCUUCCCCCUCCUUUGGCGAAUCCGAGACCUCUGCGCCAGCAUGGGAGCCGCAAUCCCCCGUCCGCACGCCGCCGGACGACCAGUUCGCGGCGUGGGUCACGCGCCUCCGCCCGGGCUUCACCGCCUGCGACCUGGCCGACGCCAUCAACUCCGAGCAGGACCCGGACCUGGCGCUCGCGCUCUUCCGCUGGGCCGCCCUCCGCCCGGGCUUCCGCCACGCCCCGGCCUCCUACCUCGCCGCCCUCAACGCCGCCGCCUCCGGCAAGCGCCCCGUCGCCGCCGAGAACCUCAUCCAAGACGUCCUCGCGGGGGCCUGCCCUCCCGACCUCCACCUCUUCAACGCCUGCCUCCGCUUCUGCUGCGACCGCCGAAGCCUCUUCCCCAUCGCCUUCGACAUGUUCAACAAGAUGCGCGCCCUCCCGCCCUCCGCCGCCUGCCGCCCCAACGUCGAGACCUACACGCUGCUCCUCAGCACCGUCGUCCGCCGCGUCCGCCGCCCGCCCGCGUCGCUCGUCUACCUCCACGCCGUCAGAUCCCUCUCCCGCCAGAUGAAGGCCUCCGGCGUCGUCCCGGACACCUACCUGCUCAACCUCAUCAUCAAGGCGUACGGCCGCUGCCUUGAGAUAGACGAUGCCCUCAAGGUGUUCCGUGAAAUGCCCCUUUACAGCUGCGAGCCGAAUGAGUUCACCUACGGCUACAUUGUCAAGGCUAUGUUCCAGAAGGGCAGGACCGACAAGGGGUUAGAGUAUCUGAAGGAGAUGAGGGACAAGGGGUUCGUGCCGAGCGGAGGCGUCUACAUGUCGGCGGUAGCCGCGCUAGCCUUGGAAUGGAGGUUUGAAGAAUCAAGAGAGGUGCUCUUGGAUAUGUUGGAUUGCAAGAGGAAGCCAGAUAUGAUCACCUACAGGACGCUGCUGGAGGAGCUGUGCCGAGCUACGCGGACAGAGGAUGCGUUUGAGUUGCUGGAGGAGCUGAAAGAGAAGAAGCGAGGGGCAUUGGACCAGAGGAUGUACUCAGAAUUGCUAGGUGGGCUGCACUGGAUCUCUCAGCCACAACAGAAUGCUCUUCCUCGCCGUGACAGGGGCCCUGAUGAAACGGACUCUGGGGAUUGAAGUUGCUUUGGUGAAUUGC